AUGGCGUUUCAAAUCACCAUCUUUCCCAACAGCGGGGGCUUUUCCGUUGGAAUAUCCAUGCACCAUGCAGUUGUUGACGGCAAGACUCUCUUUAUGUUUUUGAAAUCUUGGACCCACAUGUGCAAACACGUUCAUCAAUCCGAUGACAUUUUUUUCCCUGACCAGCUCAAAUCGUUUUACGACCGAAGGGGUGUCAAAGACCCCUUCUGUCUCCAACUGGAAGAUAUUUACUCGAACCAGUUUCUGAACAUGGACAGACGUCAAAAUAAUCGAAGUAUGAUGGUUGCAGCUCGCUAUAAAUCGCUAGUGAUAUCAGAUUCAACUCGAGGCAACUUCGAAUUCACGAGCGCAAAGAUACAAGCUUUACGGAAAUGGGUCAUGACUAGAAUGGAAGAGACCACCGGGAAACAAGAAGAGGGACAUGAUCGAUCUGUUCAUUUGUCAACGUUUUCUCUAACGUGCGCCUGGGUUUGCUUACCAAAAGCAGAGCAGGAAGAAGUAAAAGGGGGCAUAAUAUCUAUGUCAUUUAGCGUGGACUGCCGGUCGCGCUUAACUCCUCCUUUACCUGCAAACUAUUUUGGAAACUGCGUAACGGGCUGUCUAGCACCUGCAGAAAGAAAAGGACUUCUGGGAGAAGACGGAUGGGUUGUAGCGACUAGUAGUGGUGCUGGUCACCGGAGACUAUUGACAACCGCUGGAUCGCAUCGGUAUGACAUGUAUGAUACUGAUUUUGGAUGGGGAAGGCCAAGAGCACCGAAGUGGUUCGGAUAA